AUGAGAGCUGUUGAAAAAUGUUCAAUCUGUGGUUUUGAACUGUAUCAACGCCCCGUUGGGACAUAUUUGUUACAGAUGAUGUAGAUACGGUAACUUGUUAUUUUUCUGGCUAAUGAUUGUUGUCGGAAGACAAAAUGAACUCCCAGUCUGCAGAAUUAUUUCAGAUUGGUUUGCACCUUGGAUGCGAUGCACGACAUUUGUGUCUUGAGGAAUGUCAACAAUGGGAAAGUCCACCGUGCGCUUGUCGGAAAGAAUGACAUUAGGAGUUAUGUGUGAAGAUCUCGAUGAUACGGCGCUUUCCGAGAUGCGUGAAACAAAGUGUGAAAAUGAAAACGACAUCAGAACAAUAAAUUUGUUUGAACAUUUUGAAGAUGUUGAUGCUUUGAAGUCUCGGGUGCAAAAUGCGAUGACAGGCACGGCGUCACGCGAGCAAGUAACAGAUACCGAAACCAUCAACAUAGGUGAUGGUGAUCAGGAAAACACUUUGAAGAGCACCUCAAAUUGUAAUGGCGAUGAAGUAAACCAUUUGCAAUGUUCUCAGACUCACUGUGAUAGAACAGACUGUAAUGAAGAUCCCGACAGAGCUGGGACAUGGGUUCAAACCCCUCUGUCUGAUAGAAUAGUCAGUGAUAGUGGUGAAACUUUGGAUACUCAAACAAUGGUAAAAUAUAAAAAUGGCAAUUACUCUAGCUGUUCAAAAAUACCAAGUGGCAUAAAGUCAGGAUUAGUGAUGUCGCCAAUAACUUUAACACAAGAUAUGCCAGUUUCUGUUGCUAAUAGCAACCGGUUUUCUAGAGUUUUGGAGAAUAUGCCACUGCCGUUAAUAUAUAUUCCAACAACUAAACAGUUAGUUUCUGGUCAGAACAAUGCAGAUAACUGCAAUCAGAACUGUGUUGGUUUAGACAGUGGUGUAUGUAUAGAUGAAGCAAAUGGUACUGCUGAUUGUGUGAUGGGGUUAGUUUGUAAUGGAUCUGAUAUCGAUGAUUUGACACAGAAUAUCUCUAAUAUUAACUUUAAUUCAACAUUUGGCAACGGAAAAUGUGAAUCGACUAAAGGUGAAACUACCUGUAAAUCACUGGAUGUUGAUACCCGGACAUGUAAAGACCCAGAUCAGCUCACUUUACACAGUGUUGACUGUCUUAUUCCGCAGCCUGGGGAACGUCUUUACACAGAUGUUUCCAGCCUGUCAAGUGUCAGCACCAAUACAGACUUUUCUGUGUCAGCAGCGUCUUUGGGAGAGGAGUAUUCAGAGGCAAAAAGCAUGUCGUAUGAAACAGAAGAAGCUGGUUUUAGUGACAUAAAUUUAUACUCGAGAAACUCGUACGAACGCACUGAAAACAUGUCUCAAGAGAAUAGUGCAGAUGAUAAGGGUGCCAAGCCAAAGAAAGGAGGAAUUUCCAGCUUUCUUUCCAGAAACAUAUUUUCACGGAAACCCAAAGAAGUGGUGGUAUCAGAGAGUGCCCCGGGCUGGAAACUGUUCGGACGGAUUCCCCCGAAGUCGGUUCCGACAAAGGACGCUCAGCAGAUCUCAGAGGAGUACCAGGCGAGGAGACGUGCCACGCAGCAGGCGAGCGCCCACGCCAAGAAACAAGACAUCGAGGUCCUGUCCACCACCGGACUCAUCCCCGAAAACAGACCCAUGAACCUCCCAUCGAAAGCACCAGAAGAGGCAGCAAAACAUCGGCUGGAGUAUGAGGCCAUUGUCGAAAGUGUCAAGAGAAAAGAACAACGAGAAAUGCGUCAGAAGAAGAAACAGCGUCAGAAGCAGCUAAAACAGGAGGACUUGAUGGUUGCGGCGGCGUCCACCUGGAACAAUGACAUCCUACCCAACUGGGAGGCCUUGCAUAAUACGAAGAAAACUCGUGAUCUAUGGUGGCUUGGUCUGCCGCCCAAUGUCCGUGGCAAAGUGUGGAAGCUAGCCAUUGGUAACGAACUGAACAUUACUCCAGAACUGUAUGAGAUUUGUCACAGUCGAGCAAUUGAUCGGAUUAGACUGACUCAAUCAGAGGAUUCAUCAUCAGCGGCUGAAGUAUCGUCCGAACCUCCGUCCUGCAAAGAGAACAGUGUCCAGUUGAUAAAACUUGAUGUAGCCAGAACAUUCCCACAACUCUGUAUAUUUCAAAAGGGUGGUCCCUACUAUGAUUUACUACACAGUUUGUUAGGAGCUUAUGCUUGUUACAGGCCUGAUGUCGGAUACGUCCAGGGUAUGUCUUUUAUCUCCGCCAUAUUACUGCUCAACAUGGAUGUUGCGGAUGCGUUUGUGUGUUUUGCCAACCUGCUCAACCGGCCAUGCCAAGUGACGUUUUUCCGCAUGGAUGAAGAUACGAUGAAGGCAUAUUACGACACGUUUGAGGAGUUCCUCAAGGAGAACCUGGUCCACCUGUGGGAUCACUUCGUGGAGCAAAACCUCACUCCCAACCUGUACCUCGUCGACUGGAUAUUUUUGUUGUACAGCAAGUCAUUACCAUUAGACAUUGCGUGUCGGGUUUGGGACAUUUUCUGUCGAGACGGAGAAGAAUUUCUAUUCAGGACAGCUAUAGGUAUUUUGAAAACGUAUGAGUCUGUUUUAAUGACUCUGGACUUCAUUCACAUGGCCAAGUUCCUGACGAAGCUGCCAGAAAACAUCUGCUCGAACUCUCUGUUCACGAACAUUCAGACCAUACGAAUGGUGAUUGACAAGAAACGCUUUGUCCAGGUGCUCUCAACGCACAAGGACAACGUGAGCCGGGACAAGGACAGCUUGUCAUGAAACGUGUUGCCAGAUUACAAACAAAUACUCUGUCCACCAUCGCUCAGCACUUCAGGGUAGCUUGGUGUCAGAUCGGGACCGAUCUGUGAUACUCAGAAAUACUUUGUCAGUUUCUCUCAACACACGUAGAUUGAUUGUCAUCAGACUGACGUUACUGUGUGCAAAGGUUUUCACAGAAAUGUUUUAUUACAUUUUCCUCAGUACACAAACAAACAGUGUCGAGAAGUUGAUGCUAAUGUGUGCUGAAUUAUUCAGAAAGAAGUGUUUCAUCAAGUUGAUGCCAUUAUGUGCCGAAAACUUUCAGAAGAAAUAGGUUAUCAAGUUCAGAUUUUCUCCCGAACUAUUCUGAAAGAAUGCUUUGUCCUGGUUGUGUUGCUGUGGAGUCCACUGUGUGUAGAGCAGUCUGUGAAGUUUAUAUCAUUGUUUUCAUGAGGACAGAACAAAAAAAUACUGUCAUCAGGUUUUUCUCGUGAACAAACGCUUUCAUUUGGUGAGCUUUCCUCAGUCACAAAGCCAGUACUGUAACAUGGUUGACUGCAUUCUGUGAAGUCGGACAUUUGAGUAUCUGGCAACAAUACCUGGCAGUGAGGCAUUAUGGGUAAAUUAGUGUCGCCACUGCCACCAUACAGCUCAUAACGAUGUACAUUCCAGAGUGCACACUUUCUUCAAGUUUGUCACAGUGUCUGGUCUAAGCCCUCUGCUAUAAUACUGACUCUAGGGCAGUUUGAGAUCAUGUAUACUUUUCUGUUUAUGUCUGAGGGUAGAUAAGAGUGCUGAUACAUAUUGUGUUACCUGUGGCUUGUAUUAUUGUUUUGUCUUGCACUCUUUGUUUGAUGUGAGUUAAAUGUUUUUCUGUCUUCAUUUAACUGACACAUGCACUAUCCAAAACAUUGUAGUCAGGUUUAAAACAUGGCAGUUGUCAUGGAAUAUAUUAUGCAUGUACAUGUCAAACAAGAAACAAAUAUUUAAUAGCUAGUGCUUUUCCUUGAACUUGUCUACUUAAAAGUAAAUUAAAAAACCCCAAAAACUAUCAGUUUGAUAAAAUUCCUCUAACUAGGUUUAAUCGGAAUAAAAUAUGGUGAAACUAAAAGAAAUGCAAAUAUAAUUAUCAGUUAUACCAUUAGAUGUAGUUUUUUAAGAAGGGAUUAACACUCAGAAGAUUUACGGGUUGAUGUAACGUGUAUCAUUUCACAGAAUGGGGUGUUUGUAAUCCAGCAAACAUAUUCUAAUUAUAAACUGGUGAUAAGUCUGAUUUGUGAUUCUCUUCAUUAUUGUUAGCAGUGUGGCCAAUUCUCUGAGACACAGUGUGUCAUUGUGUAUCAUUGUUAAGUGGCAGGGGUGGUAGUAAUAGGAUUGAUCAUAGGAACAUGACAGACCCCAAACUUUACACUGUACCAACUAUCAGUACAACUUUUAAAAUCAUCUAAAACAAUUGCUUUCCUUUAUGGUCACAAGAAUGACAUGUUUGUUCAUUAACUUGGAGGAUGAGGGUUCACUGAAGACGUUGGUAAGCCAGAUAAUCAGGAAAGUUUCUUUUGAACAAACAGAAGUCGAGCUAACACUGAACAAAAGUGCCUUUUAUAGUUUUUUCACAAGAUCCAACAUUUUUCAUCUGAUGUGAAGCAUAAUUUAAAAAUAUAUAAUUUUCACAUUGCAUGAAAUAUAAUGUGAAUGUUUGUUGUUCUUGAGAGACUUACAAAACAGGACUAUGUUAGUUAUUACAGUAUAAGACUCGACAAUAAAGUCAACUAACCUCCAGUAGUGGGUUUCUAAAAGUCUGGAAUUAGGUCAGCUGAAGGGACGGGAUGUAUAGUGUAGAACAGUUGUAAAUAAUUGGCCUGAUGUGCAAAUAAAGUAGGAUCGAUCCCUGUCGGUGGACACAUUUGGCUAUUUCCCCAUACCGUAACAAAGGCCAUGGUAUGUGCAAUCCCAUCUGUGGGAUGGUGCAUAUUAAACAUGUUGCUGCUAACCAACACAAGUAGCCCUUGGAGUGGCACUGGGAUCCUGUCUCUCUAUUUGUGUGGUCUAACAACAGUUCAGCGUUAUGUCACCAUUAAUAGUGUUUAGAGUAUCAUUAAAUUAAACAUUUCACUCUCUAUCUCUUCAAACUCACUAUGAGUUGGAGCCGGUACUCUGAUACGAACUGAGUACCUGCCAGACAACAAGUCAUGGCAUAACCACCAGACUAACAAGGCUGGUAGUUCUGUAUGAGAUCAUCAUUUAGUAUGUGUUGUACAAAUCUACAGUGUGAGACAUAUUGAUUUCUAUUACUGUGGCAGCAGGGCGCCAACAAUCAAAGUUGCUACAGCUUGAUACCAGUGGUUUACUUAUAGAUUCAGCUCAAACAUUCAGAUCGCUUAAAGUGAUAGUUCACUAAUACCUGCUUGUAGAUACAGCUCAAACAUACAGGUCGUUUAAAGUGAUAGUUCAUAACAUUCAUACAACACUAAUACCUACUUGUAGAUUCAGCUCAAACGUACAGGUCGUUUAAAGUGAUAGUUCAUAACAUUCAUACAACACUAAUGCCUACUUGUAGAUACUGCUCAAACAUACAGGUCGUUUUAAGUGAUAGUUCAUGACAUUCAUACAACACUAAUGCCUGCUUGUAGAUUCGGCUGAAACAUACAGGUCGUUUAAAGUGAUAGUUCAUAACAUUCAUACAACACUAAUGCCUACUUGUAGAUACUGCUCAAACAUACAGGUCGUUUUAAGUGAUAGUUCAUGACAUUCAUACAACACUAAUGCCUGCUUGUAGAUUCGGCUGAAACAUACAGGUCGUUUAAAGUGAUAGUUCAUAACAUUCAUACAACACUAAUGCCUACUUGUAGAUACUGCUCAAACAUACAGGUCGUUUAAAGUGAUAGUUCAUAACAUUCAUACAACACUAAUGCCUGCUUGUAGAUUCGACUGAAACAUACAGGUCGUUUAAAGUGAUAGUUCAUAACAUUCAUACAACACUAAUGCCUACUUGUAGAUACUGCUCAAACAUACAGGUCGUUUUAAGUGAUAGUUCAUGACAUUCAUACAACACUAAUGCCUGCUUGUAGAUUCGGCUCAAGUUGUUACUGCUGUUCAUAUAAAUAUAUGUACAAUAGGAACAUCUUUUCGAAUCGGCUCAAACUUAAAAUGGUUGUCAUUCAUGUACCAGCAUCUAACACACACGUUUUGUAGCUCUAGUUCACAAUGAAUUGUUUGGUUUUAAUUUUACAUAUAUUCAUUAUGGAAUACAGGCAGGGUGUACACAUGGUAAUUAUACAGGCUACUAAUUAAACCUAUUCUGAGAGCUCUAACGUCAAACGAGGGAUUUCCAAAGAAAUAUACAUCAUAACAUGUUUGUCAUUCAUCCAAAACCAGUGUUAUGUUAAUUAAUGAGAGAUCUGCAAGACCUCACAAAAUGUUUGCUAGUCUGGCUUUUACACUGAUCAUUACUUUAGUGUAAUAGGGCAUGACACUAGUGAAAUUGCUCACAAGCACUUGCUGAUAGACCUAAAACAGGAACGAGUCAGCACUCUCAGUAAAACCUAAAAAGCUUUGGUAAUAAAUGUGAUAGGGCAGGAACAAGUCAAAUUGUUCACAGGCACUUGCAAUAAAGGCUAAAGAGUUCUGUUAGUAAUAUAUAGAGGUCUUUUGUGCACAGAGCCUGGUUUUGAUUUCAUGUUUUAUUAGCAUUCAUUAGUAUGCAGUUCUGUCGUGUGCGCACCUCAGCUGUGUGGGCUUUCUGACCAGGACAAAGGUUAUCAUUAGUUGUUGGUGAUCGGUGUUGUACUAGUAGUCUUACACCUCACUCACCUCAUGGUACCUUGCUUUUAAUUUGAGCCCGUACUAGGAUGAGAACCCUGUACCUACUGGGUGCAGGAUCUUGCACAAAUCAUCAUUCUGUUCACACGUCGGGUAUGCAAAGUAAAAUCCACAUGAACCGGCAAUCGGUUACAUGAUAAACCAUUACAUGGUCAGAAAGUCACUGUCAAAGAAACCGUCUAAUGAUUUGUCAUGAAAUAUCUUAUAUUGUUUAAACUUACAAUAAAUAUCAACUGCAUAUACUUCCAUUAAAAUGUACAUUCAAUUAAAUUUUGAGGUAAUUGAUUAGGUUACACCAAUUCAACUGGUGUAUCCGACUAACCAGUUACCUGAGUAAAAAUCAUGUGAACCAACUAUUGGAUAGCUAAGAUUUCAAAUAUGGUCCUCCCCUUAAGUCUGAUGGCGCUAACCACAAUGCUAACGGGGCUGAUGGACCUAGAUGGCACUGGUUGUCAUUUAUGGAUGAUUAUAUUGUAUUCACUUGUUAUUUGUGAUUUUUAUAUUUGAUAAAGUUCAAUUAAUAAAUUACACUGCUCAUAUCAAUAACACCUCAGCCUGCUCAAGUUAGUCUACAGAUUGAGAUUUACACAACUGCACGAAACACGAUUUAUGGUGAAAGCGUUUUGAUAAAACACCACUGACUGUGCCUGAGGAUGUGUAUCUUUGUAUGUUUAUUGAUGCACAAUUUAUACCACUAAAACAAGAUUAACGCUUAUUGUGAAUAAACAAAACCAAAAUAAUCGGAGAAAAACCCCUUAUAAAACACAAAUUUAAAAUAACCAAAUAACCUUAUUGUCAUACAAAUUGUUUAUGUCCAUAACACCAUUCACUCUUUCCGUGUAUUCAAAACUUUGUUCUGGUGCAGAGAACCUUGUUCCUAAAGAUUUCGAAGAGGUGAAAACGAGUUUGUGAACCGGUUCUCAUUCUGAAAUCCCACACCACCAGGUAGUGUGAUGUGAACCGGUUCUCAUUCUGAAAUCCCACGCCACCAGUUGGUGUGAUGCGAACCGGUUCUCAUUCUGAAAUCCCACGCCACCAGGUGGUGUGAUGCGAACAGGUUCUCGGCCAUUUACAAAGGCAGUUUCAAAUACACAGCUUGAGUGUUACAUAAUGAUUAAAAAGCCCUUGAAGAGUUUUGAACAUUAAAGGCACAUUCACACUUUGUAACUCAGUACUGAUUAGUAGAGCAUUCUAUUGCUGCAUGCCCCACAGUAGUUGUAGAGAAUAAAACAUGUUGACUAAUAUUACCUGGCAAGAAAUCGUCAUCAGUUGUGGCCAACAAAACUGGUCAGUCUGUAACAGCUGCUGCCCUACAAACUUUGAGGUGUAAUUUUGUCUUAAAGGGACAUACCCUAGUUUUUAAACACUAAGGCACACUUUUUUUUUUACUGUUAUUGCCGUUUUUUGUAACUGAAAUCAUACUUUACUUAGAUUUUAUGGUUUAGUG